AUGGCUGAAGAAAAGCGGGCCUUCGGAGCGCAGGCUUCUGAGUUGACUUACGUCAAAAAUGAGAAAAACUCCAGCUUGGAAGCUGAGACUGAGGACAUGGGAUCUGAUAAGAACAUCUACAAGGAUGUGGUGGCUGAAGCUGAAGGAUUGGCUGAGCACGGUGGCCUUGAUAUGACUGGAGAAGACAUAUUGGCGAUCGAAGAUAAACUUCAGUCCAUGUCACUGGAGAGAACAAGAAUCAUUAUGAAACAAGUCCAACAGAUGCACGAGCAUGAUCAAAACUUUCCCAUCCAUAUCCUUCAAAGUAUCGAGCAGUUCCUGGGUAAUGACGAUAUCAUGAAGAACCCUCACAAUCCCGAAUACGCCGAGUUGAUCAAAGAGAUGAAACUUGAAGCGUUGAUGGUCACUGAAAACUCACCUUAUUCGGAGGUACGAGCUGUGGUCGAAAAUACCGACGAUGUCGAUAUGCCUUCAUUCACUUUUAGAGUUUGCUUCAUCGGUACUCUCUAUGUGAUCGCUGGAGCGUUCAUCAAUCAACUUUUCGAAAUUCGACAACCCAGCAUUCAAGUCUCGUCUGAGGUUGCACAACUCUUGGCUUAUCCUGCUGGUAAAUUAUGCGAGAAGCUUCUUCCGGACUGGGGAUUCACCCUGUUUGGGAAGAGACAUAGUCUUAAUGGCUCAAAAUUUACAAAAAAAGAACAUAUGUUGAUUACAAUUAUGGCCACCGUCGGUUAUAACACGCCCUACACCACCGAUAUCAUCUUGUCUCAAUACCUGCCACAAUACUUCAACCAAUCCUACGCGGCAGAAUUUGGUUAUCAGAUCUUGCUUGGUUUCGGUACCAACUUCUGUGGUUAUGGUUUAGCAGGUCUUGCUCGACGAUUCUUGAUCUAUCCAUCCUAUUGCGUGUGGCCCGGAUCAUUGGUCACUAUCGCUUUGAACCGAGCGUUCCACUCUGAAACCGAUCCGGCUGUUCCAGGCCCAUUCAAGCGGAUCUAUAGUUGGUCACGUAUGAAACUUUUCGGAGUAGCCUUUGCAGCUAUGUUCGUUUGGUUCUGGUUACCCGGAUUCUUGUUCACGGCUUUAUCCACAUUUAACUGGAUAAGUUGGAUCAGCCCUAACAGUGUCUCACUUAACAACAUUGUCGGAUUCAACAAUGGUUUAGGAUUGAACCCAUUCCCGACAUUCGAUUUCAACGUCUUGACCGCAUAUGGUUUCAACCCCUUGGUCGUACCUGCUUUCGGAACGAUCAACCAAUUUAUCGGAAUGUUCGCCACUUUCUUUAUGAUUGUCGGCUUCUACUGGAGCAACGUAUGGAAUACCGGAUAUCUGCCCAUCAACAGUAAUCAUGUAUUUGACAAUACUGGGUCGGCGUUCGACGUGCAGAAAGUUAUCGAUGACAGGGGUAUCUUCGAUGCCGCCAAAUAUCAAACGUAUUCUCAACCUUGGAUGGCUGCUGGUAACCUUGUAGUCUACUUCUGGUUCUUCGCUCAGUAUACCUGUACGAUAUCUUACGCUUUCCUCUUUCACCGACGAGAGAUCGUACACGGAUUCAAAGGCAUGUGGAAUAGCCUUCGAAGGAACAAGAAGGACGACACAGUAGACGAUCUGUCUGAAGAUAUCCAUUGUCGAUUAAUGCGAUCGUACCCUGAAGUUCCAGAAUGGUGGUACGGCUUGGUCCUCCUAUUUGCGAUUGGGUGUGGUAUGGCCGGUAUUGGCGCUUGGGACACUUACACCAACCCUGCAGUCGUGCUAUUCGGUAUAGCCAUGGGCCUUAUAUUCGUAGUCCCCGUUGGUCUCGUCACUGCAAUCACAGGUAUUCAAGUCACCAUGAAUGUCUUGGCUGAACUUAUCGGUGGUGCUUGGACUCCCGGAAACGCACUAGCUAUGAAUUUCUUCAAGGCUUUCGGAUAUAUCACCACCGCCCAGGCCAUCUAUUUCUCGAGUGAUCUAAAGGUUGCUCAUUAUCUCAAAAUCCCUCCUAGACACACAUUUGUAGCUCAGAUGGUGGCCACCUUCAUAUCCACGUUGGUCUGUACUGGUGUUUUCAACUUCCAAAUGAACAACGUACCCAACGUAUGUACGUCCGAGGCUCCCUUUGGAUUCUCAUGUCCAGGUAUCAAUACUUUCUUCACAGCUGCUGUCUUUUGGGGAACUUUGGGUCCACAAAAGCUUUUCGGCAGUACCGGUCAAUACAAAGCCCUCUUGAUCGGCUUCCCAGUUGGAUUCGUUUUACCCUUCAUUGUGUAUUUCCUGAGAAAGCGAUUCCCUCGUACUGCAUGGUUGAGGCAAAUUCACCCUGUCAUGCUUUGUUAUGGAGGUAUCAACUGGGCUCCAUAUAACCUAUCUUAUUUCUGGCCUUCGGUCCCUUUAGCCUCUUUCUCAUGGUUUUACUUGAAGAAAAGAUAUCUCGCGUUCUGGUCAAAAUACAAUUUCGUUCUUGCUGCCGCGUGGCAAUGUGGUAUCGCCAUAGCGGCCAUCGUGAUCUUCUUUGCAGUUCAAUUACCCGCUGUUGAGGUCAACUGGUGGGGAAAUACGGUCUCAUACCAAGGUUGUGAAGAUACAGCUUGCAGGAGAUUACCAAUCCCCGACAUUGGUUAUUUCGGUCCAGCUCCGGGUAAUCUCCCUUAG